AGAUACACGGAACACGAUUUCCAUUUUGGACACAAGUAAAAGCGGCAGCGGCCAUGCUUGAUCCUCUGCGAUGGUUUGGUCGCUAGAUGGCGCGAGAGGUCCACUUUUCCACGGGAUUAGCGGCGCAUCGCGGCUUGCAUCGGUCUGCAUUAAAGCAUCAAGUUUUAUCAGCUGCAAAGCCGCAAACCAUGAAAUGGCAUUCAAAGGCAAAACGGUCGAUUCAAAGACCGUGCUGUUCAAUCUGCUGCUGUGUCUGCUCAUAUUUUACUCGCUUUUCUACAUGAUCGGGAGCGUGUGCUUCGGUGCUUUCAGGCUGGAUCGGUUUGACGGGCUGAUUCCUUUCGAUUUUAAAACCGAGCCUGCUGAGUCUAACUCCAAAUAUCUGGUCAACCUCCUCUCCUUGGAGCUCACCUACUUUUGCAGCGGCAUUCUGUUUGCUGCGGUGGUGAGGAGGCGGGUUUGGGACUACGCCCUCACUGUCACGCUCCUCCAUGUAGUAAUCACCAGCCUGGUGAUGUUGGAGUUUCCCACAGUGUGGCAGUGGUGGCUGGCUUUAGGCAGCGGGUUGUUUCUGAUGAUUUGCAAUGGUCAGCUGAUCGCGUACUUCACAUGCCAAAGUGAGCAGAGCUACGCCACCUUCAGCUACUACUGACGAGCUGGCCAGGCAGCUAAUUAGAAUAUCACGAAAAAGUUAAUUUAAGUAAUUCUAGUAAAAAAAGUACGACUCGUACACCCAUCCACUACACACUUUGGAAACUUUUACAAGCAUUUUUUUUUCUGUUGAUUAUGAUGAUCGUGUCUCACAGCUGAUGGAAACCCAAAAUUCAGUUUCUUAGUAAACUGAAAUGCAUGACCAGAUGAAUGAAAACGGAUUUUCAAAGCAGAAAUGUUCUGUGAAGGCCUACACUGUCAUGUGGUAGACCGCUGACUUGACAGCCGUUGUGUAUACCCACCAGUGUUGUAGUCAAGUCCCUAUCCCUCGAGUCCAAGUCCAGGUUUCGAGUCUCCAGUGUUCAAGUCCAAGUCAUUAAAAAAAAUCUGAGUCGAGUCAGAGUCAAGUCCGAGUCGAGUCCUUAUUGAUCAAGUCGAGUCCAAGUUAGACCCUGUUGAUGGGCAAACUCUCUACUGUAGGUGGCGGCAUUAGCUAGCCAACCAUCAUAGCAGUUAACGUUAACUUAACGUAGCAUGUCACUUACUUUUCUGCAUGCAGUCUUGACAGAUGUCGAUUGAAAUUUGAGGUAGUCCCCAAUGUCUCCUCAAUUGUUCUGUUACAUAUGGAGCAUUUUGCACUCCAUUUUCUGCCAAUGCAGGUGAAAUCCUUAAACGCAAAAAAUGGACAAUCUUCGGGGCACUCAUCUCUCCUCCAGGCAUGCCACAGUGAAAAUUAACAUUCGUUGUAGGAACAUGCCAUGACGUGUGAUGUAUGACAUGAAGCAGUAACAUUCCA